CCCCCCAAUUUAAUUUGAAAUAUUUCCCAGGAGUCGGACCAUUCGACACGGAGGUUACGCGGGAAGGAUCUCUUGCCAACCUGGAGUGGGCAAUCGAUCGUAAGGUCGUUCGAAUGUCACAGAGAAUAUUUAGGACAAUUGAUUCUGGGGGGAUUACUGUGCGAAUCGGAAUAUCCCACUGGAUUAAAAAGCACGCGUCUACUUUUGAAGAUCACGAGCGCGACGCAUGGUGUUUCGGCGGUUGAGGUGAUCGAGGAAUUUGAGAGAAUACAGGGGAAUACGAAUGGCGUCGGAUAGGUGACCUCGAGGCAGAGGACACGAUAGGUCAGUCGUCAAUGGCUGCGCGGGGCUCGAACAUCACUGAGCAUCACCGAAAAUGGCGCAAAUGGUGAGGUGUAGCAUUUCGUUGUUUUCGUUAAAACACGCGUGUCGACUUGAGCCACGAUUUUUCGCGAUUAAAAGGCACCAGAGGCGAUGGUUUCACAAAAGUUGGGUACUCGAUGUGGCAGGCAAGGAGUUGUCGAUGCCCUCGCUCUCGCCGACCAUGGAAGUGGGCACCAUCGUUAAAUGGCUGAAGAAGGAAGGUGACCCCAUCGAACCGGGGGAUGCGAUAGCUGAGAUUCAAACCGACAAAGCAGUGGUUACCAUGGAGUUUGACGACGAAAGCAUCUUGGCCAAAAUCCUUGUUCCAGAGGGUACGAAGGAUAUCAAAGUCGGCGAGCUAAUAGCUCUUACGGUAGAGCGUGGAGAGGAUUGGAAAUCUGUGGAAGUACCGCAAAAAGCAAAGGCAUCUUCGCAAGAAGAAUCCGUACCUUCUAUGAGAACAUCCGCUGCCAGUGAAGCAGUGGCAGUAAAAAAACAAUCGGAGCCACCACCACCUGGACAACAGAAUAUCUUGAUGCCUGCUCUUUCGCCAACUAUGACGGAUGGUGUCAUCGUUAAGUGGUUGAAGAAGGAAGGCGAAACGAUCGAACCUGGAGAUGCUCUGGCCGACAUUCAGACGGACAAGGCUGUGAUGACAUUUGAGAUAGACGACGAAGGAAUUCUCGCCAAGAUUCUCGUAUCGGAAGGAUCCAAGGUGAAAGUUGGGCAAUUGAUUGCUAUAACCAUGGAAAAAGGGUCGGAUCUCUCAAAGGUUGCGGUCCCUACCACGGUGGAAUCUUCCACGGAAGCAAGUUCUACUCUGCCUGCAGCACCAAAGACGGCAUACGAUGCAUCAUCGCCGAGCACUAGGUCUCCUAUGAGCGAACAAGUGUACGGUUUAGCGGUGAAGAGAUUAUUGGAAGAAUAUGAGCUAAGUUCAGGUUCCAUUAAAGGAACGGGUCGUCAUAGUCGCCUUCUUAAGAGCGACGUACUAGGUUAUAUACAAGCAAAUAAUGUACAAAAGGUUGACUUAAGUUCUGGAGCCAGUGCUAAAAAAAUUGCACAGUCCCCUGGUGCACAGAAAAAAGUACAAGACGAAGCCUCAUCCUAUGUAGAUAUCGAAGUGUCGAAUAUUAGAGCCGUGAUCGCAAAACGUCUUACGGAGUCCAAGAGAGAAAUUCCUCAUGCCUAUGCAACGAUCGACAUACGGAUAGACCGGAUCAACGAAAUACGUAAUAAACUGAAGAAAGAGAACACAAAGGUAUCGGUAAAUGAUUUCAUUGUAAAGGCCGUCGCUCAAGCACUCCUGGAAUGCCCCGACGUGAACACGCUGUAUCAAAAUGGCCAGAUAAUACGCGCGCCGAAAGUCGACGUCUCCGUGGCAGUGUCCACUCCGUCGGGCCUUAUUACCCCUAUAGUGUUCGAUGCCUCGAGUAAAAGCCUCUCCGAGAUCUCCCGAAUCGUCAGGGACCUAGCGGAGAGGGCCAGAGAUGGAAAACUGAAGCCACAAGAGUUCCAGGGCGGUACUUUCACAAUCUCAAAUCUCGGCAUGUUUGCUAUAAGGGAGUUCUCCGCUAUCAUCAAUCCUCCUCAAACUGCUAUUCUUGCGAUUGGAAGCGGUCGUUCGAUUCUAGAUGAUUCUCUGAAAAAGACGACGACCAUGUCCACGACUCUCUCGUAUGACAGGCGAGCAAUCGACGAGGACCAAGCUGCGGACUUUCUCGCAGUUUUACGUGCCGUUUUAGAGAAUCCGUCGACCCUGGCUGUCAAGAGAGCCCAAACACUUCGACGUUUAGAGGAUUGACGUGCUACGAGAUAGUAAUUUCUCUUUCAUUUCGUUCGGUCGAUAAUGCUCAGGGCACUGUUUUGUUUUUUCUUUUUUUUGUUCCUUUCAGAAAUGUGACGAUUAAUGACAUCGAUUACCGGGUCAUACGUCAGGACCACGUGCAAUUGCCAACUCAAUGACAGUUAUCGGUGGAGCCGAUGAUUGCACGCGAGAUAAUUAGGGAGAAAAAGAGAAUAAAAUAGGAACUGAUAAGAGGUGGCCGUUGAAAGGUAAACAUCUAAAUUGAAAUGACGAUAUGGUUCAAAGAAUCCUAGCGUGAUAGGACGGUUAGGACUUGAACUUGUACAGGGUGAAUUGUGCCAAUACUUGAUAAUUGAUUAUACUUAGAGGUGCAACGUCGUUAUCAAACAGACUAUCGUCCAGGAUCAAGGCAGCGUAGAUCAAUUUAUGGGAUUACCUUGUAAAUAAAGUAUUUAUUUCCCGUG